CCGAGACAGGCUCCUAAUUCCGAAGCCCCUCCCAGCACACGAGCUAGCUAGGGUUUCGUUUUCAUUGUUCUAUCAGCUGAAGGAGAAAACAAGGCCGAUAGUACUAUCUAGCCUCAACAAAAAGAAGAUAGAGAGAUGGUGUCGAGAGAGAAGGAGCAGACAACUCCGCAUCUCAGCAGCCUCGUUGUGCGACCAACCGAAAGCAGCGGAGGAGGUGCUGGAGCAGUUGCCGCAGGUGCUGGGGGAGCUGGCGAUUACGAACCAGGCGAGGUUCGUAGGGAUCAAACUGCGUACUCUCGCUCCGAGCGAUUUCUUGAUAGCCAUGGAUAUAGAAUGCACUCAGGUUCUGUUUCUCCUGUACGUCGUAGAAAUAUGGAUCACAGGUACAGUCCAAAUUUUGACCAUUCAAGGGGUCCAGUGCAUAGUCGUGGAUUUGGUGGCGGGAGAGAUACUGGUAGUAGAUAUAAGGACCACUCACCUCCGUAUAAUCGUGGAAGGGAAGGUGGCAGGUUUUCUGUUAGAAGUUAUGAUCGACACAGUUACGUUUCUGGGUCGGUUAGAGCGGACGUUCCUAAAAAUAAUCCAAAUGUGCGGCCUAGAGAAGGUGACUGGAUAUGCUCUGAUCCGCUGUGUGACAACUUGAACUUUGCACGCCGAGAGUACUGUAACAACUGCAAGAGACCACGUUAUCCACCAGCUGGUAGCCCAAGAAGAGGUCAUGCCCCACUUCCUCCCUUAUCUCGGACCCUUCCUGCCCCCUUGGUGGAUCGUUCUCCUGGAAGGCUUAUGAAUGGGUAUAAUAGAUCCACUCCACCUCGUGGAUGGGCCAGAGAUGAUCCUAGAGAUUUUAGGGCAGGGAUUCCUCCUCCACCUCCACCCAGGUAUGAAAGCAGGUUUCAGGAUCACCCUCCUCUGCGUAGAGAUUUUCUUGAAGAUGAUUACAGGGACAGCAGGGGUAGAGGAUUUGACAGACCGCUGCCACUUGACUGGGGGGCCCACAGAGACCACCGGGGCAGGGAGGCAUAUUUGGGCGAGAGGAGAGUGUAUGAGAGGCGAAUGCCAUCCUCACCCCCACCUCUGCUGCCAUCCCUGCCACCACGUGGUGGUCACUGGCCUCGUGACGUGAGAGAGAGGAGCCGAAGUCCGAUCAGGGAUAGAGCAGCAUCAGUGAAGGACUAUCGCCGCCCGGUGUUUGUGGACAGGGGCCGAGACGAUCGACGUGUUGGGCGUGAUGCAUAUUAAGGAUUGAGUUUUAAUCAAUUGUGGUAGGGAGUUUUGUUAUGAAUGACCAAGCCCAUUACGCUGCCUCUUUUUAGUUGAUUUCUUGACUUUUAUGUGAUGGUGCUCAUUUGUAAACCAUGAUGAUGAUGCCACUCGGUAUUAUUUUUUUCCUGCGAGUCUUCUUAUGCGGAGCGACGGACGUGCUAAUCAUUCGAAUUACAUGAGGUAAAUGAGUCCCAUUUGUGAAAUUGGUGAAAUUCUUUUAUCAAUUGAUUUUGUUGUUAGGUAGUAGUGUUACCUGAUGGGAUUAUAUAAUCAUCAUCUUUCUGGAAGAAUCUUUCUUUAAAUCACAAUGUUUUUAUCCAAUGUUGGAUUUGCGUUCUCUUUUGCCUUAUUGAGUAUUGGGUUGUAAAACUUGUAACUUGUAAAGUCAAAUGUUAAGAUGAGUUAUGCGUGGUAAGAGUCACGGUGUUUUA